AUGGCCUUCUCUCACUCUAAUAAUAUUGAAGUGAUGCGUGAGAAUUGGUUCAUUGAUGGGGGAAGCAUAUUGAUCCUGGGCCUGUUAUUGAAGAAGUGGAGGAAACCCAACUAUGAUGGAGGUGGACCAAGCACACUAGCUGUAAGUAAGGGCGACAAAAAAAUAGGAUUGGAUGAGUCUGAAUUGGCUCCAACAAAGAAGGCUAAAAUCUCUCUUAGUCCUACUCACGAUGGCUCACUCAGACUUUCCACCAGAGGAGGUUUCGGGCGUAGACGAAAGGUGAAGGCUAAUAGCGGUGCCUAUCAUCACGAAGAUGGAGGGAGGACGAGAAAAACAACAAAGAAGGAUCGGCUCUAUGAGGUGGUGGUUAGCCCUUCGAAAGAACUUGAAGCAGUGAAGAAAUAUAGGAGCAAAAUGGGCUUGGAGGAUUCUUCCCCCCUCAGGGUUGUGGUGGCUGGACCAAAUCAGCUACAAUGGAGUUAUGAUACAACUGUCGUGAAACUGUCAAGGGUUGGGGAACCCCUUGACAGUUUUGUAUCUCAAGGAACUUUUACGUUCCAAAAAUCCCACGGUGGUGUUUCUAAUAGAAACGAAGAAAAAUCACCAUCGUAA